CACUCACCCACCCAUCACAAAAACAGUUAUCGCCGCCAGAAAAGAGAGAGCACCCAGCUAGACCUGGUUUUGGUCUGGAAUCCAGUCGCUACUUCCAGCUAUUCACUUUUAUUCUGCUUAACCGUAGCCGACUGUUUUCUUUCAAAUUCUUAGAGAAGCAUGCUAACCUCCAAGCGCAAGCCGCCAAGCGCGGAGAUAGAAGAUGAUACUCCGCCGCCGGUGUCGAAGAGAAGCCACAGCCUGGGAUACAACCCCCACGCUCCUUGGCUACAAGACGCCGGACCGUCUCGGACCUGGCGGACUUUCGGCGACCGGGCUCACCGGCCCUCCCUACCACUAGAAAAUAUGGUUUCCACUGUGCGAGAUUUGAUAGAUCCCGACUUUGAUCCAUUGAUUGCCUUACUGGAUGAUGAACCGCAAUUUUUGAAGCCACUUCCAGCACGAAUACCCCAGGAGGACUUGGAAUUUUUGCGGUUCCGUGGAGCAUUGGCAAUUCCCGAGAGUGGUUUGCGAAAUGAGCUGCUGCGCUGCUAUAUCAAAUGGGUGCACAGCUUCAUGCCGGUGCUGAAUCUACAGGAGUUCCUGAGGUGUGUGGCUGAGAAUGACCCCAACGGGAAUAUCAGUCUACUGCUAUUUCAAGCAGUUAUGUUUGUCGCGACUGCGUUUGUGGACAUCAAGCAUCUUCAAGAUGCUGGUUACGCUACUCGGAAAAGCGCACGAAGCGUGUUUUUCACACGGUUGAGGCUAAUCUACUCUUUGGACUGCGAAGAUGAUCGCAUCGUCAUCCUACAAACACUUCUUCUUAUGACUUAUUGGUCCGAUCAUCAAAACAACCCUCACAGAGACAUUUGGGAUUGGAUUGGUGUCUGCAAUACACAAGCUCAUUCAAUCGGAUUGAAUAGGGAUGCCUCCACGUCCAAUAUGGAUUCAAGGGUGAAAAGGCUACGGGCUCGUAUAUGGUGGAGUUUAUACUCACGAGACCGUCUUAUCGCUAUGGGGUUGCGGCGACCUACUCAGGUCAAUGAGGGGACCAGCAAUGUUCCCAUGUUGAAACUCGACGACUUCGACUUAGAGCCUUUUCAUCCUGCAGUCAUCAAGAUGUUUCGCUGUCGUCAGCUCGAGGACAUAUCCCAUCAGAAGCGCCUUGCUACCAUGUUCAUCGAGAAGGCCAAGCUGUGCCAAUGCAUUGGGAGAGUACUCUUCGCGCAGUACUCACCAUCUCAGUAUCAAUUCGGGGUAACAACCCGAACAACAACCAGCCUCGUCCCCCGGCAAGCAUCAGAAUCCGAGGUAGCACGAUGCAGCCAGCGACUCGAAUCGUGGUUGAGCGCGCUUCCGAAGGAUGCACAAUUUGUCCCCGCGUCAAGGACCAAUAUUCAUGAUGGGGAAGAUGUAUUGCUCCUUCACGGCGCGAUGGUACGAAUGUUAUAUCACGCUACCACCAGUGCCCUGUACCGACCCUGGGCUUUCUUGCCUAGGAAGGAUCAACCCAAGCCACGUCUCGAUUUGAUCAAUACAGCACAUACAAAAAUGCAGGACGCUGUCAUUGGCAUCACGCAUAUCAUUCAAGGUCUCAAUCAAUUGAAUCUCACACGCUUUCUGCCGCAGUCCGGGGUGACGGUCAUCAUCCCCGCAGCUGUUGCCCAUCUUACGAACUCGUUGUCCGGCAAUCCGUCCACCCGAGAAUCCAGCAUUCACCACUUCCAACGUUGUAUCCAAGUCUUGCAAGGAUUGAAGGACAUCUAUCCCGCCGCAGAUAUGGAAGUAGCCAAUAUAGAAGCCGCGGUUAAGGUUCAAUCUGAUUGCAACAAUGCUCUAUUGCAGAUUAUGCAGCUCGACUCUCCUUCGCCUCCCAGUACCCAGCACCAUGCACGGAAACCAAGCACUGUCUCUAUUCCGCGAACCAAACCUUCAGCACAGAGAAGGAACUCCACUCAAUGGACCCCUCCUCAAGAUGACCAGGAAUCGAUUGACUCUGUCAAUCCUAAUCCCAACCCAUCCGACCACAUAGCCACCAGCUCGUUACGUACCCACCGAGAAAGCGCACUCAAAGCACCGACAGCCACCACAGCUCCACUUCACAACCUCCCCGCACCGCUGCACAAGGCUCAACCCACUCCCCCCCAUGACUUUGACGACCCCUUCAGUCAUGUCUUCCACAGUCAAUCCCCUGUAUCACCCCACGAACCACAGCCUCAAUCCAACCAGCAAGCACAACCGCACGACAACUCGAUUCUAGAGGAAACGGACUUCCUCUUCGAUCUUGACCUCGACCUCGACACUUAUCACGCCGACUUUUCACCUCAGAAAGGCCGUGACUCAAUAGCAGCAGCCACAGCCGACCGUUCCACAGCCGCCGACAUAGACAUCGACUGGGCCAACGAGCUUCUGCGCUGGGUAGACCCCGGUCAGGAUAAUGGCCAUGAAAGGAGCGUCGACGGCCAUGAUAGAGACGACCUAUUCCAGAUCUUCAACAUUGAAAGCAGUAAUCGCGAUGUGCUGCACGAGAAGACACCAAGCGGGUUCACCCCCGGCGAUAUCACAGGUGAUCUUGACCGGGAUUUAGGAUUGACUGGUGAUGAGGAUGAGAUGUUUUGAUGAACAGGCAUUGAUGGGUUAUGCCAUACAAGGAAAUGGCUACAGCCGAACCUAAAUCUGCGUUCCAUCUGUGAAAGAUGGACUUCCUAUUUUCAGCUGUCUAUAUGAGGAAGAAUGCCCCGUGUAUAUACCAG